UAUUGUUUGCUCAAGCCUCAAGGUCACAAAUGAGCAGCUUUGUUGUUUUAGAUUCAUUCACAUCUUGUUUUGUGCGAUUGCAAUUUGCAACAAGCUUUGCCUUUCUUUGUUAUUGAAGCAAGAAAGAUAUCUGAAAAAUGGCUUACAAUCUUCAACCACUCAUCACCAUUCUUGAAGGAAUUCUUGAUCCUCACCAAUCACGAUGGAUUGUUGAUGAAAACAACCCUCAACUCCAAUCCCUCAUCGAUAAAGCUACUUCUCUGCAGCAGCUCCUGGAUAGUAAAUCUUCAUUCACCCAACUAGACAGCCAAAUUAGAGAAGUAGCACAUCAAGCUGAAGACAUCAUUGAAUCCCACAUGGUUGAUCAUAUGCUCUCUGGAUCGGAUUGUGUGAGAUUCACUCUUUCCACACCAGAUCUGCAGCAAGUAACACGAGAUCUUGAUUCUCUUAUGGAGCAAGCAGAGAAGCUUGUGGAGAUGGAGCGAGAGCUUCAUUCUGCUAUGGAACAACUGAAGCUCGUGGAUGAGAAGAUUCUGUCUAGCAGUUCAUCGAAUUCCAAGAGUGUUGUGGUUGGAUUUGAUGAAGAUCUGAUGCAGCUCAAGGAUCGGCUGACUGGUGUGCGGACAAAGCUGGAGAUCGUCCCCAUCGUUGGUAUGGGUGGAGUAGGUAAAACCACUCUUGCUUGAAAGGUUUAUGAAGAUCCAUUGAUUGCUUAUCACUUUGAUUAUCGUGCCUGGACCACUGUCUCACAAGAUUACAAUAUGCCACAUAUUCUGAAAAGCCUUCUUCAUUGCAUAAAUGGAAAAGAAUGUGAUCAAAGUGAUGAUGAGUGGAAAGAUAGGUUGUAUAGAAGCUUGUACGGUAGAAAGUACUUGAUUGUAUUAGAUGAUAUAUGGAGCACCAAAUUCUGGGAUGAGAUAAGGAUGUACUUUCCGGAUAACAACAAUGGGAGUCGCAUUGUGAUCACCACUAGGGAAUAUGAUGUGGCGAAAUAUGCAGACUCUUUGAGUUCGCAUCAUCAGGUGCACUUGCUUAGCAAGUUAGAAAGUUGGAACCUGCUUCACAAACUCGUGUUUGGAGAGGAGGAUUGCCCUCCUAAGUUGCAAGAGAUUGGUCAAAAGAUUGCCGGCGAUUGCAGUGGGCUUCCUCUAGCCAUCAGUUUGAUUGGAGGGCUACUAUCUAUGAUUGAAAGAUCAAAAGAUGCUUGGGAGAAAAUUGGGGACAAUGUAAAAGCAGCAAUUGCAGAAUCGGACGAGCAAUGCAUUAGUAUAUUGUCUUUGAGUUAUAACCACUUGCCGAAUCACUUGAAACCGUGUUGUUUAUACAUGGGAGCUUUCCCUGAAGACUUUGAGAUUAAAGGCUCUAGACUCAUAUAAUUGUGGGUUGCAGAAGGAUUUGUAAAAUCAAAUGGGAAAAGAAGUUUGGAGGAAGAGGCUGAGGUAUGGCUAAUGUCUCUAGUAAAUAGAAAUCUAUUUAUGGUUAGAGAAUACAAAAAGAAUGGAAAACCAAAGAGCUACAACAUGCAUGAUAUGUUGAGGGGUCUAUGCAUUCAGAAAUGUGCUAAAGACAAGUUUCUGUAUGUGAAGAAUGGUCCCAAUGUCACAUUCUCUAAUCCACGCCGCAUGAGUUUUGACACAUCAGCUUCAACGGAAUGUGUUGUUGAUUCUACACACCCCAUGUUACUUACUCGAUCUGUUAUAUGCAUUGAUUUCGGUUACAAUCAGCUACCAUUUGGUGUCUUUUCCGCGUCAAGAUUGAUAAGGAUAUUGUAUUUCAUUAAUGUCUAUUUCAAUGAGUUCCCAACUGAAAUAUUUGAAUUUGUCAACUUACGCUUCUUAGCUGUCAGCGGCGAUUUAAGAGUACCUAGAGGAAUAUCAAGAUUGAAGAAUUUACAAACCUUGAUUGCUCCUUAUUGCGAGUUUGAUGUGCCGUCUGAGCUAUGGAAGCUCUCUGAGUUAAGAUAUCUCAUUGUGUUCGGGUAUACAUUGUUAAAAGAUGGGGAAAUUAACUAUAGUGUUCUAAAGAAGCUGCAAAGGAUUUCAAUGAAAGCAAUAUCUAAAGAGGAAUCAACUUGGGAUGGUUUCUUCAAAAGCAUACCAAAUAUCAAAAGGUUGAAAAUUUAUGAAGUGUACCGAAGGGAAUCCACGACAUUUGAUCUUAAACGUGGGAGAUUGCAGAUGAAGAUGUGUUCUACUCACUGCAGUUUCUACAUCUUGAAAGUUUAUUUAUUAAGCAUUGGAUAGCAGAUGAGACCAACUUCCCUAGACUCCGCCACCUCUCUUUAUGUAGCUGCAUGUAUUUAGAGGAAAUUCCUAGUAGCUUUGGAGAAAUCCCAACACUCCAACAAAUCGAUUUAAUAUAUUCCACCAAAUCCAUAGUGGCAUCAGCACAAAGGAUUUUGGAGGAGCAAUCUGAAAACGGAAACGAUGAUCUCAAACUUCAUAUCACCACACAAUUCUGGAACAAACUUCCAAAAGUAUAAGGAGUCGGAUGCGAGUGCGGGAGACUAUGGAACGAGCCAGCAUGCCACACCUCACUAUUUCUUGGCAAGCUGAUGAGGCCCACUUCCCAAGACUUUUGACUUGUUGUGUCUUAUGUCUUUGAUCAUCUUGUGUUUUGCUUAACUCUACUAUUAUGAGAAGAUGUUGAUGCAUUAGAUUUCUUGAAUAUCGAAUUUGAGCUUCUUCAUCAUGAAAUUAAUAGUACAUCA